AGAUAACUCUCAUGUCAAAAUGAAAGCAGAAUAGAAAUUCAGAAGAAAAUAAAAAAAGAUGCUUCCUUGAAAGUUGCAUUAAAUUAUAUGACACUGUUACUAGUUUAUAGAUUUUAAUAUGGCAACUGAUAAGAUUCUCUUGGCGUUUGAUUUUGACCACACUAUUAUAGAUGAUAAUAGUGAUAUCCAUGUGAUAAAAUUGGCACCAAAUGGCAAGCUACCACAAUCUAUACAGGACCAAUAUGAUGAUAAUGGUUGGACUGAAUAUAUGGGAACAAUCUUUAAAUAUCUGUUUGAAAAUGGCAUCAACCAAGAGGAUAUCAGGACUUGCAUGCAUGAAAUUCGGUUAACAGAUGGAAUGGAGGAAUUAUUUGAACAAGCUAAGAGUGAUCGCUUUGAAUCAAUAAUCAUAUCAGACUCAAAUUCAAUUUUUAUACAAUUCAUAUUGGAGAAAUUGAACUUGUGUGAAAUCUUUUCAGAAGUAUUCACGAAUCCAGCUGUAUUUGAUGAAGAUGGUUGUUUGACUAUUAAGCAUUAUCACACUCAGGAUUAUUGUCAGUUAAGCACAAUUAAUUUAUGUAAGGGAAGAAUUCUACAGGAUUUUAUUGAAAUGCGAAAAAAGGAAGGGAUCGUCUAUUCACAUGUUGUCUAUGUAGGUGAUGGUUCAAAUGAUCUCUGUCCUGGACUAAAGCUGGAAAAUCAAGAUUUUCUUUGUCCUCGCAAAGGUUUCAGUCUUUGGAAAAAACUAAACAAAAAGAAAAAUGUUCAGCCAGAGAUUAAAACAAUGAAAGCUGGUGUGGUCGAUUGGGAUAAUGGCAGGGACAUUAAAAAAUUAUUAGAAAGGUUGUAAUUAUUCUCUUCUCUGUACAAUAUCUCUCAUAGUUGAAGACCUCUAAUGCGAGUAAGAACUAAAUGCAUUAAAUGUAUAAUUAUGUAAUAUUUAAACUAGUGUAUUAAUGCUCUGAUCGGGAUAUUGUGAGUAGUGUUUAUUUCAAUCAUCAAUCAAGCCUGGAAAUAAUCCCCUUGUUAGACAUGAUCAGGCACAAAUUGAGGCUUUGUCAGAUACAAUUUUUAUUCGCCCACAUUGAAAUGUUGUCGGUCUGUCGGUCCGUCCGGCGUCCACAAGCAAUUGCGGACGCUCUAUAGGCUAAAUUUAAUAUCCGAUUGACUUCAAAUUUAUACACAGUGUUUAAGGUCAUGUGACGAUGAAGCCUAUUGAUUUUCAGCGAUUUUCGAUAAUUACUGCCAGAGUUAUGGCCCUUGAUCACUUCAAGGAAUCUUGUGGACGCUCUAGAGGUCAAAGUUAAUAUCCGAUUGACUUUAAAUUUAUACACAGUGUUUAAGGUCAUGAGACGAAGAGGCCUAUUGAUUUUCACCGAUUUCCGAUAAUUACUGUCAGAGUUAUGGCCCUUGAUCACUUUAAAAAAUCUUGUGGACACUCUAUAGGCUAAAGUUAAUAUCCGAUUGACUUUAAAUUUAUACACAGUGUUUAAGGUCAUGAGACAAAGAAGCCUAUUGAUUUUCAGCGACUUCCGAUAAUUACUGCCAGAGUUAUGGCCCUUGAUCACUUUGAAAAAUCUUGUGGACGCUCUAGAGGCUAAAGUUAAUAUCCGAUUGACUUUAAAUUAAUACACAGUGUUUGAGGCCAUGAGAUGAAGAAUCAUAUUGAUUUUCAACGAGUUUGGAUAAUUACUGCCAAAGUUAUAGCCCUUGAUCACUUUGAAAAAUCUUGUGAUGCUCUAGAGGCUAAAGUUAUCAUCCGAUUGACUUCAUAUUGAUACACAGAGUUUAUGGUCUUGAGACAAACAAGUUUAUUGAUUUUCAAUGAAUCUUUAUGACUUGAACAGCUAAAUUAAAAGUUUCGUAUACUAGACAUUAGCAUGGGGCAGAACUUUAUAAAAAACAAACAAAAUCUAAUAGUUUUCUGAUAAUUACUUAAUGAGUUGUUACUCUUAAUCAGAUUUUAAUGUAUUAUAAAUGUUUCAUUACCGAAAAUAGUAAAAAUAUGCGACAACUCUUGUUGACUGCCCGGACUAUAUAGCUCCGUAUGUUUCGUUGCCUGGCAACCUAUCUUUCUAAUAGCUGUCAUUUUGUCUGGAACUGAUUUGUCUUUUUUUAAUGUCUUAAAAUAUGCCUGUUGGCACAAUAUUCAAGAUGUCUACCAUUUUGUCUGGUAGAACUAAAAUCACUAUUUCCAUGCACAUUGAUGUUGACUGUCUUCAGGUUGAAUUAAUUACAAGAUGCAUUGAUUUCUUAUCGUACAUGUACAUAUAAAGGGUCAAUUGACAAAUUUAAUUAAAAUUACCUAAUUGUUAUCAAAUAAUAAAUGGCAAAUAAAGACUUAAUUAUAUAAUAUAUAUUUGUUGUGUUUGAAAAAAAUAUUGGUCCUAAGCUUGCCUGUAGAAACCAAAGAAGUUGGAUCUAUAUAUUUAAUGAUAUUACUAUGUUCAUGUACAUUAAUUGAUACAUGUAUGUGAUAUAUAUAUUCUAUUUAAAUAGUUCAUUGGACUCAAACCUAAUAGAAUAAUAUUUUGGCAGUUGACUUUGCUAGAGACGCAGGGCUUUUCAUAUGGCAAGGAAAAAAUAAAUCAAAUACUUAAAUUGAUACAAAAUAUGUCACUGAGAACCUGGGCAUAAAUUUCUAUAUUUUGGUGAAUAUAUUAGGAUUUUUAUAAUUUGCAUACAAUUAUGAUCAUAAAUAAACUUCUACCUGGCAAAUAAAUGCCAAUAGCGGUUUACAAGUACCCGAGUGAUGCUAAUUAAAUUAUUUUAUUUAAAUUAAAUAAUGAUAUACAUGUAAUUAACAUACUCUGUAAAUCUAAAUUGUUUUUUUUACUAUUCCUUCAUUGUGAACUUUUAAUGAAUUUGUAUUUUCAUUAAAUCAGGGUGGUGAUUUGUUGAAAUUAAAUUUAUGUGUUUUUUUACAGUGUCUUUUAGAAUCAUUUGAAAAAAAAUAAGUUUGUAAUGUAUAUUUAACAUUUUUUUAAAAUUUAUUGUAAUGUUUUUAAUUGUGAUAAUAAAUCUGUUUUAUCACCUAAUCUUCAAAAUUUAAUUAAGUUUUGUAACACAUGCUAAUUAACCACACUGUUAAACAUACAUUAUGCAAGAGCUAAAUCUGCCUAUUGCAGGUCUUUCUUUGGGUCUGAAAUGUUCUAUAAACUAUCAAUUAGACACUUAUUAACAUGAAAAGACCUUAAUCAACUCUCGAUGGCAUCUUAUGUGUCAGAUUUUCACUGGAUUUUAAUCUGAUUUGCUGCUCAACAGUCAUUGAUGAUUUAAUAAAAAAAUCGUACCGACUUUAGUAAUGAUGAUCGAGGCUAGGCCUAAAAUUCAAACACUAAUAUCUCAGUUCAGAGUGGAUUAUUUGACUGAAAUUUUCAGCAUAUUCCCUUUACAUUAUCUAGUUUUUAACUAUUAUAGUGAGAACUGCCAGCUCUUUAUUUAAUCUUCCAUAAUGCCCCUUUAAAUUUUGAUGUCCCAUCAUUUCAUUCCAAAAUUUGUUUCUGUAAUUGGCUAGUAUGGUGCAAGGUUAAUGUACAAAGAUAUGGAUGUGACAGAGAUCUGACUGUUGAAGGAAGAAAAGAUCAUAUCUUGUCUGUGCACCAAGACUGGUGUAGUAAAAUGUGAAUCACAGGGUGACAAGAAGGAGAUGUUAUCUUUUAGUUUUAUAAGCACACAUUAUUUCAAUCACAGUAAUGUUUUCUAUAUCAAAUCUUUAAUCUGUUCCUGUCAUUUAAAAUGGGUCUUUGGCAAACUUAAAGGAGCUAAAUCGCUAAUAUUUUGGACCUAGAAAUUGGCACAAAUGAGUCGCAACACACAUAAUAAUGUAAUAUGAAUUUAUAUAAACUGAUUUACAUUUAAUUGUGUCCGUUUUACUGUGAAUUGUCAUCAGUUAUGUCGGCGAAAUAUGCCAGAAGUCUCAACCGCAAGUCAGUUUCUAGCGUCUGGUUAUUCCAGUCAACACCGAUAUUAUUUAUUGCGCAUGCUCUCCAAAUAAGAAUAUGACAUCACCGUUUGACAUGACUUGUGGAAUAUGUCUAACCUCAUUCUUUGAGCCCCUUGUUACAAAUGGCGCUGAAACGCAUUAUGGUACACGAUUCGUGUACCAAUGGUAAAAUGUUUAUUUUGUCUUAAAUAUUGGAUAUCAGAAGCCCAUCUUUUCCAGGUAAGAUCACAACACCAAUGCUGAUUUAAAGAUACAUUAUUGGAGAUUUUUAUAUAGAGAGUUGGCCAUUCUUGCUAUAACAGUUCAAAAGUAGAUGAUGAAAGAAGAAUAUAUUGAAAAAUUCAGUCAAAUUACUUCAUUCUGAACAUAGUUAUCAUCGUUGUAAUAUUUGCCUAGAAAUGGUAGCGAAAUGUGUCUUCACCUUUGCUGAUCGUUUGAUUGACAGGCGUUAACUCCACCUACAUAUCUCGAUUAUCAAGUAAAGUUUUCAAUGGCAUACGGAAACGCUUUACAGCGGCCUCGCUAAGUACACUCUAUCAUUUAGCCUCGAUCUAACUGACGUUUUUUCAUCAGGUUACCCCUUAUCUGAUUUAAUCAAUUAGUGAAAUCCUAUUUAAAUCCGAGCUGUAGCCGAGCCAUCCGUGGGUCUACAGAGUUGAUUUUGGUCUUGUUGUUUAAAUAAAGAUCUAAUUUAUAAUUUCUAUAACAUCUGAAGCCUAAAUUAAGACUUGCAAUAAUCAGAUUUAGCUCUUGCAUAAUGCAUGUUUAAAUUGCAAAAACAAUUGUGUUUUCAAUGUUGAAGAUUUUGGAUGAUAUUGAGUUAUGGACUUGGCUACUUUAAGUUCAUCAGUUGAGAAAAGGAAAUUUUCUUAUGUAUACCGGUAGUAUGUAAUAAAGCCUUCAUUAUUUCAAUAUUAUUCAACUUUGUAUGGUAUGGUCUUAAAUAUCUUGGAUGAAAAAAAGACACUAACUAACAUUUAAAAUAAAGUUAAAAUAAUCAUACAAUUUGGAGAAAAAUAUUUUCACAAAAUUUCAAUUGUACCUAACAUGUUACAGAAAGUAAUUAUGGAAUUUUAAAAUUUACUAGAUAAAAAGUGA